AUGGAAGAACCAAGGCGCUCGGCUAGAGCCAACAAAGGAGUCCACUCUGGGCGCGAUCUCCUGGACGUUUAUUAUGUGAAUCUGGCGGAUGAACCUGCUCACAAGAGAAUUAAAGUGGAUGAAUCAAACGACCAAGAUUCCAUUUUUGAAAUACCAGCGCCAUCUGAAGUCGUCAAAUGUCUCCCUUGCGGCACCACAGAUGCCAAUUAUAACGAAGAGACUGAUCAAGGUGGCUUGAUGAUUGAAUGUGAACGAUGUACCACAUGGCAACAUGCAAAGUGCAUGGGAUACAAAUCCGAGCGGGCUAUUCCUAAAGUCUAUUUGUGCAAUGUAUGCAAAGACAAAGAUGAUCCAACGUUUGAGACCAGUAAAUCCAUUCAAGGUAUCACGACACCAGAUUCGACUACUGCCCCAUCUCUGAUCAAGACAACGAGUGCCAAGCCAAAGGUGCAUAGCGCAGCGGCAGCAAAAAAAGCGGCAGUUGUUGCAGCUGCCCAAAAGACUAGAGAUAGUGUCUCUAAAGCAUUGCUAAAUGUCAUAGUAAAAUGUAACUCAGAAUUGAAUGACGCUCAUGAUUGGAGUGUUAAAAUCGAGAAUGCCAUCUUUGAAUGGGCUCAAUGCACUGACAAGAAAUACAUAGAAAAGAGCAGGGCUAUCAUGGCUUUGGUGAAGAAGCCCAUAGUAUUAAAUAGACUUAUCAACGGAGAAAUUAGUGCUACACAACUAACUACUUUACCGGUGGAAGAAAUCGACCCUGACUUGAAACAUUACGCCGAGAAAGUCAGACAAGAGCUGAUCAGAAGGUCUGUGUUAGUGGUAGAGGAUGACCAGAGUCAACGAGUUCGUCGCACACAUAAAGGUGAAGAGAUUGUCGAGUCCGCCAAAGACGAAGUUGAUGACCAUACCGUCUCUGUUGUUGCGAAGAACGUAUCACUGAAAAAAUCUGCUGAGAUGCAAGAGUCUUCCCGGAAGAAGAUUAUCCCUGGAAAUUCAUCUCAGACAAGCUAUCACUAUGAAGACGACGACGAUUACUCUACACCUGCUACAGUACAAGACUCAAAAUCUGAAUCAAAUAAUGCGGACGCAUCCGACAGUGAAGAUGAUAUGGAUCUCAUUUUAGAGAGAAAGUCAAAAAGCCCAGAGCCAAAGGCUACAGAUUCCAUCCAAAUCCCAAAGAAGCCUAAGCUCCCACCGACUAUUCCUACUAAAUUCUGGUCGGGAGAAGUAGAACUCCCGGAUGUCGCGAGUGCAAUAAUGAGUGCAGAGUUUAUCUCCUGCUCCAAAUAUGAAGAGCCCAAGGAUAACAUUACAGUUAGCUUCCAUAAUAAAGCGAUGCGUAUUUGCAAGGAGCUUAUAGAAAACUCCAAAAUUCUAAUACAGGGUCGCUUGGAUCGUUCUCGUGCGGACCCCUACGUUGACAAGAUCAGAUCAUCUCGGGAUUUAUUCAUAGUAAAGCUCACCAGCAAAUCCACUGAAUCAAAUUUCGACAAGUUGUACCAAUACUUCUUAAAGAGAUCCAAGGUCGGUGUCAUUUCAUGCCGAGCUUCAUUCGUUAAAGACGCAUACUUGUACGCUUUAAGCGGCACUCCUCCUCCAUUUUUCGAGUCUGCAACAUUAAGUGGCGAUGGAUUGUACAUUGUUUAUGUAGUGAAGAAAGACUAUGUGCCCGUUGGGAAGAGUAUAUUGAAGAAGCCCACUACGCCCCAUGCUGCCAAAAAAGCUCCUCCAAGUCUUGACUCUAUUCUUUCUAAAUUGGGAGGCCCGACAACUAAUCAAGCCCCCGUAAGUCAGCUUCCCGGUCAUUUACCUGCAAAACCAGUAAUCUCAGCUCAUCCACUGGCUCCUGCCUCAAGCAUGCCUCACGGGCAGUAUCAAGCGGGCCCUCAGCAAGCAACUUCCGGUCUCACUCAAGAACAACUAAUGUUUCUUACAGAUCUUGUCAGCCAAAAUGGCCAAAACAACAACAAUCAGCCUGCUAUGCUGACAUCACUACACAAUAAUCAUUAA